AUGGGUCUUGAAAGUGUUGAUCCAGAAUGGGUCUUGAAAGUGGUGCUUGUGGACAUCAUCAGUCAUCUGGACUCGGGUAGCCUGCUGAACCUGUCGCUGACGAGCAAAAUCAUUCGUGACGUCAUUGCCCUCGAACUCGACAACAAGGGCAUUGUCGUGCCUCGUUGGCGACGUCGUGGCAACAACUUGCCUGGCUGGGAAGUGAGCGAGUUUGUGUGGAAACUGUCGACGGGUUUCGAGGCUGUUCGGGACUGGAAAUUCGAGGAUAAUUUGCACGCCGUGACCGAACACUUGAAGACGUGUCCCUGUUUCGUGCGAUCUGUGCCCACGGAAAUUGUGAUGCUCUGCGGAAAAGUUGGCGACCCUGUGAGUUCGCAUCGGUAUCUAUUUUGUCGCGUUGUGUUCAUAUGA